UCUCCACCAUCAGGAUUCGUCUCGUCUCUCCUCUCCUCCACAGGCCUCAGACAUCUCUCCUCUCCUCUCUCUCUUCUUGUCAAACACUCAUCUUUUUUCAUCCCCUCCUUCUUUAUUCCUCUUUUCUGACAGCCACAGUUCUCCUCUCAUUCCCCUUUUUAUCCUCUAAUUCAGAGCCCCAUAUUUCCCUUUCUCUCUUCUUCUUCUUCUUCUCCUGUCUUCAUCCCUUCAUCUCAAGAGAGUGCACCCAGACCCAGACUCCAUCCCCUGGACACCUGUGAGCUGAGCUGAGCUGAUUCCGGAACUCUUGACUCUGUUACCGUGACGAUUCCCAUCAUCAUGCCCUCUUCCUCAUCCUCCUUGUUAUCAACCUCCUCCUCGUCCCUAUCCUCCACCUCCGCGAUGCCCUCCACGUGCCACCCCAACGCCACGGUGUGCGCGGGCGACUCGUGCCUGGUGCCCCCGAGCAACUUCAACGAGAUCCUCAGCGUUGUGCUGAGCGUCGUGCUGACGGUCAUGCUGGCCAUGGUCAUGUUCUCCAUGGGCUGCACCGUGGAGCUCCCCAAGCUGCUGGCCCACCUGCGGCGCCCCUGGGGCAUCGCCAUCGGCUUCCUGUGCCAGUUCGGCAUCAUGCCCUUCACCGCCUUCGCCCUCUCGCUGGCGUUCAACGUGCUGCCCGUGCAGGCCAUAGUCAUUAUCAUCAUGGGAUGCUGCCCAGGCGGCUCCAGCUCCAACAUCAUCGCCUACUGGCUGGACGGGGACAUGGACCUCAGUAUAAGCAUGACGGCGUGUUCGUCCAUCCUGGCCCUGGGGAUGAUGCCUCUGUGUCUUCUCAUCUACACCUCCGUCUGGGUCUCUGCUGACACUAUCCAGAUCCCAUACGAGAGCAUAGGCAUCACAUUGGUGUCUCUGCUGGUCCCCGUGGCUCUGGGAAUGUUCAUGAAGCACCGCUAUCCUGAGAAGGCCAAGAAGAUUCUCAAGGUGGGUUCCAUAGUCGGGUUCGCCUUGAUCAUCAUCAUAGCGGUAGUAGGGGGUGUGCUGUACCAGUCCUCCUGGAUCAUCGCUCCCUCCCUCUGGAUCAUCGGCACCAUGUACCCCUUCAUCGGGUUCGGACUCGGAUUCCUCAUGGCACGCUUUGUAGGACAACCCUGGCACAGGUGCCGCACUAUCGCCCUGGAGACGGGCUUCCAGAACGCUCAGCUGUGCAGUACGAUCGUGCAGCUGUCCUUCUCUCCUGAGGAUCUGGAGGUCAUGUUUUCUUUCCCGCUCAUAUACAGCAUCUUCCAGCUCGGAGCAGCCCUAUUCGCCGUCAUAGGCUACCGGUGGUAUCUGCGUUGUAAGGGGGGUCCAGUGGAGGAGGACCUGGAGGAGGGGCAGGAUAUGGAGAAGCAGGAGGCGGGGCUGGAUAAUGCAGGACUGGAGAUCGACGAGAACGGAAACACAGACGGCAAGAAGCAGAAACUCACACAGCUCUGAACAUCACUCACACACCACGCUGAGGAGAGCGAGAGAUAGAGUGUGUAUGACAGAGAGAGAGAGAGCGAGAGAGCGAUCGACUGUGUGAGUGUGUUUGUGUGUGAAUCUGUUUACCCCUCUUCUCUAUGUAUAUAGAAAGGUAUAUUUAUCUUCUUAUAACAGAAAUAUAAUUUAUUUGAAACAUGUCUCUCUUUCCUGCCGCCUUGUAUUGUGUUUGGCUGAAUAUAUGACCUACUGUAUGUGGUGAUUUUUCCAAUAUCUUUCUUUUAGUUUUUAAUAUCAGACUAUCAUGUGGAAUUGUUUUGUAUUUAUGGGGAUUUGGUAAUAGUUGGGGGUUUGUACGCAGCCUUAUUUUCUAUACAUUUACUCUGACCGUGAGGAUUAUGACAAUGGUGUGUAUGGGUGUGUGAUGAUGAUGAUGAAGCUUUGUGUGUGUGUGUGUGUGUGAGAGAGAGAGAGAGAGGGAGGGAGUGUGAUAUGAGAUUACUGUAUUUGUAUAACUGGAUGUGAGUGGUGGUGUACAAAUAUGUACACAACUAUAUGACAAAGCCGUUCAUGCUGAGUAUGAGUGGCAAUGUACACACGUGUGACUGUGUGACAAACCAGUUCAUAGUUUGUAUAUGAGAGGCGGUAUACACACAUUUAACUGUAUGGCAAACCAGUUCAUGUUCUGAUUGGGCAUGUACACACAUGUAACAGAAGUAGAGUGGCGUACACAUGUGAAUGUGACUGCAAAUGACAAAGCUGUUCAUGUUGUUCGAACUUGUUCUGAAUAAACUGCAGCACGUGUCCAUGA